GUGCAAACAUAAAACGACUUUAAGCGCAAUGAUUGAAGAUAGCGGUUUCAACGUAAGAUCGAAUCAAAAAACACUUGUCAAUCCAAAGUCAACUGAAAAAAUUUCCUAUGUUUCGGAGGACGAAGAAGAUGACCUAGAAACAAGAGACGAGUCCAAAGAUAGUGUUUGGUCUCCAGAAAUAGAGCAGAGCUUUCGUGAGGCUUUAAUUAUAUACCCACCUUGUGGGAGGAGAAAAAUAAUUAUUUCCGAUGAAGGGAAAAUGUUUGGACGUAAUGAACUGAUUGCACGUUAUAUUAAACUGAGAACUGGUAAAACUAGAACUAGAAAACAAGUAUCCAGUCAUAUACAAGUGUUGGCUCGUCGAAGGUCGAAAGAAUCUACUGAGUGCUCGUUAGAUGAUAUAUAUGAUUCAGAUUUGUGCGGAUUUUCACCAUCUUUAGAUGUGCAAGAGAAUAAUGGUCAGAAUAAUUCCAAUGAUGAAAAUUCACAGAGUAAACUACAAAAUCAUGAAUUCAGCGUCGAUAAAUGUUUAUCACAAGGUGUCGCACAUGGAUGUAAUAAUUGGGAAAAGCUUGCAAACUUUAACAAAUCUGCUAUCAUUCAAACAGAUGAAAUACAACUUAUUUACUACGAUCUAUACGUAUCUAAUUCUCCUCAAGACCAUUAUAUGGAUGAACAACCUCUACUUAUUCUAAACUCAUCUUCACCAAUCAGUAUAAUCCACCGUGAAAUGUAUUUAUCAAAUGAAUCUGAAUUUAACACGAGAACAAUUAGUGAUAUUUUGCCAAAACAUAUUUCUAUACACUGGCCUAUACAAUUGAAAAAUCAUCCAAACAAGUGUUUUGUUAUGAAUCUAAAGAUCGAUUUACCGGAAAAUAACCGCUUAAUGUCUGCCCAGUAUCUAUCCACGAACAUUGUAUUCAAAUGUGUUAUGCCACAAAAGCGGCCUUUGAAGCUAUUUACAAAAAUUUUCACUUUCAACCAGUUGGUCACAGAGACAGAAACCAGUUUAGAUCCAAUGGAAAACAAUCAAGAAAACAUUUACACUAGUCACAGGAAAUUGGAAUCUUAUCUUACAGAAUUAAUAAUAAAUCUUUCAAAACUGGAUUCUGAAAAACUUAUCAACUUAGCUUUCGAAAGCACAUAUAUACUACAGUUUGUUUGUGAUCAUGAAACGAAUAUCCCAAUGAUUGGAUUUACCACAUUAUUAACGACGACAAGAAAUAGUCAUUCAAAACUUCACGAAAUACUCUGCUAUUCAUGAGUUAUCUUUGUUCUUUGGACGGCUAUUUGUCCACUUUGUUAUAUUUUUUUUUUUGAUGAUAUUACUGCAUAUUGGCAGAAUUCCAAAAUUAAUGUCCUGCUAUCCACAAACUUUUAUCUUUACUUCUCUCUAAAUAAUAAUGAUAAUAAUAUAUUUUCCCUGAUGUGUGGAGAAAUACUCUUACUUAUUCAGUCAUUCUACUGUACAUUUAAAGAAUAAAAGACUGCUUUUCUCUUUUACUUAGGACUAUAAUAUGGCAGGCUACUCGCAUAUUACUGGAGGCUAUUUUUUCUUUUUGGUAGAUCUAAAUGAUUGCCACCUCACUGUUCUUCUGCCAGAACACUGACUUGUCGAACUUCGAAGACUUUGAAGGUGCCUGCUACUGAGUGAUCUCAAACUAGGGCGAAACAGCUGUCAGUACUUCUUGGUUUUCAAUGGUUCUCUAGCUGACAUUAAUCCGUGACCAAACUUGAAACAAAUCAAAUCUCUACAAGCAAGUUCCAGAGACUAAGUUCCUGAAAUAGGUCUGUCCAGGUCCUAACUCAAAUUUAAGUAAUCAUUAAUACUUUUGGCUAUGAGUGCAGCCAUCAGACUGUAGUAAACAAGACUAGUGAGGCCUGGAGCAAAGUUUAUGGCAACAAAAUAUAAUUUACAUUAGAAAAGUCAUAAACCUUACAACGAUCCCACAGUUUGCAAAUAAUAAUAUCUUCCUUGCAUGUUUCUUAUUAGAUUUUUUUCAAUUUUGUCAUUUCGCGCCCAUUCUUCAUUGAUCGUUUCUCCAAAGACGUUACUCAGUAUACUUACCAAUAUCUGCUUAUAAGUAGCACAUUCCACACUUAUGAUGGGUGCAUCAUAAAAUCAUUCAUGUGGUUGCGUUCCAAUUGACUAUCUCUUGGACUUCUUUUCUUGACCUCUUUGUCGUCGUAAUGUGACCAAGUGUGGUCUUUCCCACUUCUUGCUCCACUCUCAACGGCAUAUUUCCCUUCUCUACACUUCACCUGUUCUUCAACUUCAAAUGGCCUUUACUCCUCACUUUACUUCUGUCUGGCUUUAUUUGUGUCUUAAUUUUGCUUUUCCUGGGCACUCAUAUCAAAUCCCUUGAUAUGAUUUUGAGCAAUCGGUUUUGCUCGAAACGUCAUCAGUAAAUA